CUUUGCACUGCACUGGACUAUGACUGAUUUUUGGCACAUGCUAUCAUACACAAAGUUCCUAAAAUAAAAUGCUCCAGGAUAUCCUAGGAACUCUUAGAAGGCUUUAAAAAGGGACUCACACACUGAAAGAAUAUCUUUGAUGAAGACAAUUCAGGCAAGCAGAAUGAUUCUUGCAACAGAAUUACAUGAUUAAUUGAGAACCUGAAGUGGGUCCGGUGAAUCCUGGCCACCUAACUUAUCAUGAUUUGGGGGAGUUUCACGAGAAUCCAGUUUUGAUAAAACAAUUGUUUUUUCCUCCCCAAGUGACUAUACAUUUAAAUAGCUAAAACAUCUGUUCAGCAACAUAGUAAAACAUGUAUACUCGGAACGCUUGAGAGAAAAGCCUGCCAAACAAUCGGUUGAGAGAGAGUUUGCUGAGGGAGAGCACCAAGAUAAAGCAACGUUGUUUGUUUUGUCUAGUCAGGGGGAAAGCCAAGGCAACCAAUAUUUUGGUUUUUAUAAUUUUCAUUUGUGAAGAAUUAUUUGAGAAAGGGUGGCGAGGGGAGAUUUCCUGACGGGAGUUUUUUAAGCUGUCCAUUAGUAGAAGAGCAAGAGAGCCUUGGAUGUCAACGCCUCGCUCUUGAGACCAGCCACCAGACCACGAAAAGUGACUUUCCUCUCGUGUGCUCUCUACGGCCCUUCUGAUGGAAGCAGAAACAGGGAGCAGCGUGGAGACUGGAAAGAAGGCCAACAGAGGCACUCGAAUUGCCCUGGUUGUGUUUGUCGGUGGCACCCUAGUUCUGGGCACGAUCUUGUUUCUAGUGAGUCAAGGUCUCUUAAGUCUCCAAGCUAAACAGGAGUACUGCCUGAAGCCAGAAUGCAUCGAAGCUGCUGCUGCUAUCUUAAGUAAAGUAAAUCUGUCUGUGGAUCCUUGUGAUAAUUUCUUCCGGUUCGCUUGUGAUGGCUGGAUAAGCGAUAAUCCAAUUCCCGAAGAUAUGCCAAGCUAUGGGGUUUAUCCUUGGCUGAGACAUAAUGUUGACCUCAAGUUGAAGGAACUUUUGGAGAAAUCGAUCAGUAGAAGGCGGGACACGGAAGCCAUACAGAAAGCCAAAAUCCUUUAUUCAUCCUGCAUGAAUGAGAAAGCGAUUGAAAAAGCAGAUGCCAGGCCACUGCUACACAUCCUACGGCAUUCACCUUUCCGCUGGCCCGUGCUUGAAUCUAACAUUGGCCCUGAAGGGGUUUGGUCAGAGAGAAAGUUCAGCCUUCUGCAGACACUUGCAACGUUUCGUGGUCAAUACAGCAAUUCUGUGUUCAUCCGUUUGUAUGUGUCCCCUGAUGACAAGUCAUCCAAUGAACAUAUCUUGAAGCUGGACCAAGCAACACUCUCCCUAGCCGUGAGGGAAGACUAUCUUGAUAACAGUACAGAAGCCAAGUCUUAUCGGGACGCCCUUUACAAGUUCAUGGUGGAUACUGCCGUGCUUUUAGGAGCUAACAGUUCCAGAGCAGAGCAUGACAUGAAGUCAGUGCUUAGAUUGGAAAUUAAGAUAGCUGAGAUAAUGAUUCCUCAUGAAAACCGAACCAGUGAGGCCAUGUACAACAAAAUGAACAUUUCUGAACUGAGUGCUAUGAUUCCCCAGUUUGACUGGCUGGGCUAUAUCAAGAAGGUCAUUGACACCAGACUCUACCCCCACCUGAAAGACAUCAGCCCCUCCGAGAAUGUGGUGGUCCGCGUCCCGCAGUACUUUAAAGAUUUGUUUAGGAUAUUAGGGUCCGAGAGAAAGAAGACCAUUGCCAACUAUUUGGUGUGGAGAAUGGUUUAUUCCAGAAUUCCAAACCUUAGCAGGCGCUUUCAGUAUAGAUGGCUGGAAUUCUCAAGGGUAAUCCAGGGGACCACAACUUUGCUGCCUCAGUGGGACAAAUGUGUAAACUUUAUUGAAAGUGCCCUCCCUUAUGUUGUUGGAAAGAUGUUUGUAGAUGUGCACUUCCAGGAAGAUAAGAAGGAAAUGAUGGAGGAAUUGAUUGAGGGCGUUCGCUGGGCCUUUAUUGACAUGCUAGAGAAAGAAAAUGAGUGGAUGGAUGCGGGAACGAAAAGGAAAGCCAAAGAAAAGGCGAGAGCUGUUUUGGCAAAAGUUGGCUAUCCAGACUUUAUAAUGAAUGAUACUCAUGUUAAUGAAGACCUCAAAGCAAUCAAGUUUUCAGAAUCCGACUACUUUGGCAACGUCCUACAAACUCGCAAGUAUUUAGCACAGUCUGAUUUCUUCUGGCUAAGAAAAGCCGUUCCAAAAACAGAGUGGUUUACAAAUCCAACGACCGUCAAUGCCUUCUACAGUGCAUCCACCAACCAGAUCCGAUUUCCAGCAGGAGAGCUCCAGAAGCCUUUCUUUUGGGGAACAGAAUAUCCUCGAUCUCUGAGUUAUGGUGCUAUAGGAGUAAUUGUUGGACAUGAAUUUACACAUGGAUUUGAUAAUAAUGGUAGAAAAUAUGAUAAAAAUGGAAACCUGGAUCCUUGGUGGUCUACUGAAUCAGAAGAAAAGUUUAAGGAAAAAACAAAGUGCAUGAUUAACCAGUAUAGCAACUAUUAUUGGAAGAAAGCUGGCUUAAAUGUCAAGGGGAAGAGGACCCUGGGAGAAAAUAUUGCUGAUAAUGGAGGCCUGCGGGAAGCUUUUAGGGCUUACAGGAAAUGGAUAAAUGACAGAAGGCAGGGAGUUGAGGAACCUCUUCUACCAGGCAUCACAUUCACCAACAACCAGCUCUUCUUCCUGAGUUAUGCUCAUGUGAGGUGCAAUUCCUACAGACCAGAAGCUGCCCGAGAACAAGUCCAAAUUGGUGCUCACAGUCCCCCUCAGUUUAGGGUCAAUGGUGCAAUUAGUAACUUUGAAGAAUUCCAGAAAGCGUUUAACUGUCCACCCAAUUCCACGAUGAACAGAGGCAUGGACUCCUGCCGACUCUGGUAGCUGGGACGCUGGUUUGUGGCAUCCUGAGACAGUUGCACAGUGCCAGCAGAGGCUGCACUGAGCCUUCAUCGCCCAUUGCUUUAGGCCUGGAGACUUUCAUUUUUAGUGCAUUUUCAUUAUUUGGGUAGGUGACCUGCUUGGAUCUAGACAGUAUCUGUUCAAAGUUGUAGAGCUUAUAAAAUGGAAUACAAGCAUGAACCAAGUAUGUUUUUUUAGAAAAUCAAACCAACAAAAAUAAAUCCCUAGGCUACUUUUGUUAAAAUGCUAUCUGCUAAAUUGUUGCUAUUGUCCAUUUUAGUGUGUUAGCCACAGUUAUGUGGUACAUACCAUUUCAAUCUAUAGCUUUGUGGGAAGCCUAAAUUGAUGUAUCCAUUAAAAGUUCAAUCUAUUAAACUUGUAGCCUCUC